AUGGGAGGACAUGGUAUAGUUUUAGCAUUCAGUAACAGGAGAAAAAAUAAGAAGGUACAUGGCUGUGAUUCAGAAGACAUGAUUUCCAGGGAGACUUUGCCUUCAUCAAGUGAGGAAAAGACACCUAAAUCAGUGACUCAUGAGGUACAGGGCAGUUACGUAUCACCAUACUCUGUUACUGCAUUAACACCACCAGGUGUUUUGGAAAAUGCAGAUAGCUCAGGGAAAGUAAACCGCUCUGUUCAGAAUUUCCAACGCAGUAAUUACGAUGAUCUUUUUAAAGAUGCUACAGAAAGUGAGAGUGAGAGCCUAUUGGCCCCCGGUGGCUCCUUUCUAAGAGAAAAGUGGAGCAGUGAAGAUGAAGAGCUUGCAGGGCCAUCCCAGACCGUCCCUCCUCAGCUUCCUGACAGUAUACAAAUUGUUUCUGAAAGGGAGCUAGCUCAGUUGGCUCAGGUUCGACCAUUACUAUUCAAUUUUCAUGAGCAAUCAGUCAUCAAGGAUUGUUUUAAAAUGCUUGAGAAAAAAGUAGCAGAAUAUGAAAUCCUCCAGGAAUUUAUGGUAAAUAUUUUGGUCUUAACAAAAGUCUGUAUGUGA